GGGAGAGGGGGCAGCGCGGUCGAGAGCGCGCGUGCGCGGGGCCGCGCUAGAGGCGGCGGCGGCGCCAGGGGCGGGAGCGCGCGCAGGAGCUAGAACGCCGUGGUCUCCGCGCCGGCCGGGGUCCGCAGCUCGGUGAUCGGGUGGCUGGGGCGGGGGGAGGGGGGCCCAGGCAGGUGGGGCGGAAAGCGAUGAGUCCUCGGCGCCUCCUCCGCCUCCCGCGGGCCCCCGCUCUCUGCCUCCCGCUCCGACGCCCGGAUGAUCUGAGCCGCGAGGGCUCCGAGAGCCGGGGGCCCGGACCCAGCCCGGCUCCUCCCCUCCUCCGCCCGGGCCCGGCCGCCGUCGCGGGACCCCGUGCCCGGCCGCCGUCGCUACCGCCACCCCGGCCGACUGAGGGACCCGCCCGCCCGCGGCUGCUCCCGGACCUAAAGGAUCAAGUCAUAAUGGGAGCAUUUUUAGACAAGCCAAAGAUGGAAAAGCAUAAUGCCCAGGGGCAGGGGAAUGGGUUGCGAUACGGCCUAAGCAGCAUGCAAGGUUGGCGAGUUGAAAUGGAGGAUGCACAUACUGCUGUGAUCGGUUUGCCAAGUGGACUUGAGACAUGGUCAUUCUUUGCUGUAUAUGAUGGGCAUGCUGGUUCUCAGGUUGCCAAAUACUGCUGUGAGCACUUGUUAGAUCACAUCACCAAUAACCAGGAUUUUAAAGGGUCUGCAGGAGCACCUUCUGUGGAAAACGUAAAGAAUGGAAUCAGAACAGGUUUUCUGGAGAUUGAUGAACACAUGAGAGUUAUGUCAGAGAAGAAACAUGGUGCAGAUAGAAGUGGGUCAACAGCUGUGGGUGUCUUAAUUUCUCCCCAACAUACUUAUUUCAUUAACUGUGGAGACUCGAGAGGUUUACUUUGUAGGAAUAGAAAAGUUCACUUCUUCACACAAGACCAUAAACCAAGUAAUCCCCUGGAAAAAGAACGAAUUCAGAAUGCAGGGGGCUCCGUGAUGAUUCAGCGUGUCAACGGCUCUCUGGCUGUAUCAAGGGCCCUUGGGGAUUUCGAUUACAAAUGUGUCCAUGGAAAAGGUCCCACAGAGCAGCUUGUCUCACCAGAGCCCGAAGUCCACGAUAUUGAAAGGUCUGAAGAAGAUGAUCAGUUCAUCAUUCUUGCAUGUGAUGGUAUCUGGGAUGUCAUGGGAAACGAAGAGCUCUGUGACUUUGUGAGAUCCAGACUUGAAGUCACUGAUGACCUUGAGAAAGUUUGCAAUGAAGUAGUCGACACCUGUUUGUAUAAGGGAAGCCGGGACAACAUGAGUGUCAUUUUGAUCUGUUUCCCAAGUGCACCUAAAGUCUCAGCAGAAGCCGUGAAGAAGGAGGCAGAGCUGGACAAGUACCUGGAAAGCAGAGUAGAAGAAAUCAUAAAGAAGCAGGGGGAAGGCGUCCCUGACUUAGUCCAUGUGAUGCGCACGCUAGCCAGUGAGAACAUCCCCAGCCUCCCACCAGGGGGUGAAUUGGCAAGCAAGCGGAAUGUAAUUGAAGCCGUUUACAAUAGACUGAACCCUUACAAAAAUGACGACACUGAUUCUGCAUCAACUGAUGAUAUGUGGUAAAGCCGCUCACUAGCCAUGGGUUCACCUUUGCCUCCAAAGGAGAAAUCAGCCCAUCCUUGCCGAGCCUUUAACAUCCAUCAUCGACUCUAAGGAGGGUCCGACGCGGCUGAGGGACUACAGCUUCAGCGAUGGAACAGCUAGCCCAGAAUGGAUUUUUUUUUUUUUUUUAAAUUGUAAAUUUGAGACUUAUGUAAACGUGAUUUCAAGCCGUAAUUCAUGUUGUAAAUCAGACUCCAGCAAUUUUUGUUGUAUGAUUUUGGUUUUUGUAAAGUGUAAUUGUCCUUGUACAAAGUGCUCAUAUUUAAUUAUGAACUGCUUUAAAAUCACUAUCAAUGAUAAAGGCAAUUUGGCUUGUUGUGUGACACAACAGAAAUAGUGAUGCUGUAUUGGACUUGGGGUUGGGCCAGGGAAAGCAGCAGCCACAUAGCUAGAUGCUCGUGUGCACGUGACUAUGAAGAAUUAAUUCCAAGAGCUUACAAGCUGUACAGCCAGGGUCUGUGGAAACUGUCUUUGUGUCUGGCAAGGGACUGGCUGGUUGACACAGCCAUCCCUUCUCACCUGUCUCUAGGACGUCCUCUCCUCAUAGCCAAGAGUAUUGCGGCUGAUCCUGUAUGUUCAGGAGAGAAUCUAUGAGUUCUGGGCUAACAUGCCUUGAUUCUCUGCACCUCUUUAUGAGUCCUUACAUUUAAUUACUAAUUGGUAAGCAGCCGCUUCCUACACAGUAGGAGACUGCCACAUUUUUUUUUUUUCUAUCACGAUUGGCUGGGCCUGCUGCUGUUCCUAGUAAGAUAUUCCGAAUUCCAUUUUAUCAAUAAAGCUUGGUUUAACAAACAAUAAGUUUAAUCAUGUAUGUGUAAUUCCUCUCUCACCCGGCUUUCAAACCCUAUGUGGAGUAAAUGGGACGUUCCUCCUGGGAAAGACAACGUUACGUCUCCUUAAAUUGAUGAUGGUGUUACCAGCCAGGACAUACAGGUGGAUUGGAAGAUGGACGCCUGCUGUCUCCUACUCUGUUUUAGAAGGGUUUCUUUCAGGCUGCUUACUUACCCUUAAGAUGUACAUCAGCUUGAAUUUACCUCCUGUUAAUUAAAUCAUUGUCAAAGUCUGACAAUCCUAACACUAUGAUAGAUGUGUGUGUGUUGAAUGUGUGUUUGCCUGUAACUUUUAAUUGACCCACGUCUUUAGACUCUUAAGAGGUUAAGAUAUAUUUGUGAUUUGAAAUAUAGCAUGUUGAUAAUAUUUAGAUGUUGGCCUUUAAAAAUAAAUUUCAAAGCUUAAGGAAUUGUAGAUAUAAAACCUAAUUUAAUUUAGGCUUGACCCCCUCUGAUUAAGCAUGUAAGAGUAAGUUUUACUGUCUGUCACGUUAUAGAGACUACUGUUCUGUACUUUCUGUAUCUUUGUCUCUUUAGGUGGUUCAAUGUAUUAUCACCAUGCGAUUGACUCGGUUAUAGUCAGAUACCCAAUAGGAAAAAUACGUCAAAUUCAAAGUCACAACUUUGUGUAUAAGUUAGCAUAAUAUAUUUUGUUUUAUUUUUUUCCCCCAAACUUGGAAAUAAACAUGUUUGUAAUAUAUAGCCUUGAAGACAUAGAGGAAAGCACUGUGAAGUGUCGCAGACCUCAGUAGCUACAGUACCAACUGGCUCUUCAGUAUCCCUCUUACUUGUGAGGUGAAUAGAUGUAACUUAAUUGUAUUUCAUUGUUACAUUAGUGCAGCAUGAAGAAAAUCUGAAGUACUCUUUAUAUUUAGAAAUUCAUAACAGCCAGAAUAUAGAACCAAUUCCAAACUUAACUUACAAUAAAGGUUUAAUGUCUAGCCUGUGGCAGAGUUGGGAGUAUGGUAAUGUCUAGCCUGUGGCAGAGUUGGGAGUAUGGUGAUGCUCUAAGCUGUGGCUUUGUGGAGAUGUAAAUGCAUUGUAUGAAAAGCAGUGUUUGUCGCACCGGCUGGCUACUAGGGGGACAGCUGAAGCUGAGAUCUUGACAGGCAGCAUGGGUCCUCCUGGAAAACCUCAGUGUUUGAAAUUGAAGCUUACAUGGUAGAAGGCAGUGUGUCCCACUGUAGCAGUUAGAUCCUUUAUCAAUAAAUAGUCUCUCAGCCAAAAAAAGUAGAAGCUAGAAUAUUCCUCUGGCAUUGUGGACACCAAAGGUUGGAGUACGAACCAUGUGACCUGAUGUGACUAGAUCUUUCCAUGUGAGUCAGCUCUAUAUACUCUGUACAGUUUGCAUCAUAGAGCUACAGGAAGGAGGUGUGCAUCGUAAAAGUGGGUAUGCCUACCGUCUGGGAAAAUGCCAUCCUUUUUCCUGAUAGUCAACACCUCAGGACACAUAUGCCUUAGAUAUUUUGGAAGUGUGGCUUUGAGGUUUUGCUUUUUGCUUUUUGUUUUGUUUUGUUUUUUGUUUUUUGUUUUGUUUAAAUGUGGAGGGGAAAAGUUCUUGUGUGACGGUAGCAUAAUAUACAGAGUAUGCUCUCAUGUCAGUGAGAAGUUCAGUUUUGCACGACAGGCUUUGCUAGCUUACCACUUAAAAGUCUUGUGUCUCUUACUGUUCUAACAGUGGUCAUAAAAAUAAAAUGGAAACUGGGCAGUGGUGGCACAUGCCUUUAAUCCCAGCAUCCGGAGGCAGAGGGGAUGGGGAGAAUCUCUGAGUUUGGGGCCAGUGUGGUCUCUAUAGUGAAUUCUAGGACAGACAGGGUUCCAGAGACACCCUGUCUCAUCUCUUCUUCACACUUCUCAGACUUCAUUAGUUACUGUGCAUUCAUUAGACUCUGGCAGCUGUCCUGGCUGCUUAACUUUUUAUGCCACACAGUAUUAGAAAUUGGGGUGGGAAAGCCAGGUGUGGGGGCUGUGCCUGUGGUCCUAGCACUUGAGAGGAUCAUGGGUUUAAGAUUAAACUGGGCUAUAAAGUGACACCCUGUUUUUUUGAAGAACAAUGUUAUGUGGUAGAAAUGGUUUAAUUACAGUGCUGCUUACAGUGACCAUAUGUUUGAGCACGUUAAAUCAGCCAAGCUGAGCUCUCCACAGUGUAAAGGGUUACCAAAACACUGUCUAGGUUAAGUCCCUCAGGACUGUAAAGAGAGAAAGCGAGUCCUUGUUCAGGGAGUUCACCUUUGAGCAGAACUUAGAAUCUACUGUAUGGUAUAUAUUAUAAGUAGGUCAUUUGUAUAAAUGAAGAGAAGCGCGUUGCCCGCCUCCACUUUACCCAGUACUUUCUUCAGCAAAGUAGGUCACCACCCAGAAGCAUUGGUUGGCAUUUUCUCUAUUUCCCAGAACUGUUUAGUUUCUUCUCCCCCAAAAUUGAAUAGCAUUCAAUAGAAAACUACUCUCAGCAUAAGAGUAAGUUGGACUGCCGAGGUGUCUUAGGUAUCUGUGAGAAAUGAUCUUGACUUUUCCUCCCGACAGUAGCAAGACACGGUAAUGGGUGUGCUCAGGUUCCCCGCUGUCUAGCACAGGGCCUCCUGUAGGUUCUGCCUUACUUAGUUUGUAAAUGGUGGUCUUCAUAGCACGGCAUCAGUGUUGAUAGGAAAUCACCUAUGUGUUAGCAUUUACAGUGGCUGUGCUGCCCUCCUUACUGAACAAAUUAACUGGAGAAUUUAACAAGUAGAUUCCAAAAAGUCUGAUGCCUUGCUUUAACUUUUAAUUUCAUGGUAUACUACUAAUUCACACUUCACUGACUUUACAAUAUAGAAUUUGAGAUUUGAAGAGUUGUAAAUAUUUUAGCGUAUGAAUGUUUCUCUGAGGUUUUUCUUUGGAGGGGCCUUCAAGGAUGUUAUAUGUUCCCACAUUCUGACGGUUUUACGUUUACUAGUCUUCUAACUAGUUUUUUCAGGCAUUUACUAGUCUUCUAACUAGUUUUUUCAGGCAUUUGAAAGUCUUUAAUCUUAGGAGCCUGGUUUUACUUUAUAUCCUACAAUAAUGUGCAGUGUGUUUUGGUUUGCAGUUCUUUUAAAUUAUAUAGUAUUUUCAGAAUAUGCUUGAAAUAUUUAAGAACCUAUUUUCUAAAUGUAGAAUACUUUAUUGUUGUGUUUCAGUAGCUCAGCUAAACGGUGUUGUUAUUAGAAUGCUCUGCAGUGUGAGCGGGCAUUGGCUUUGCUGGAUUCUCAAGUGAGCAUCUUCCAUUUAGGGUCAGCUCAACACAGUUUUCCUCCCUCUUGUCUGCUCUGUAUUCUGUUACCGACUUCUGCUUUCUUCCUAUCCAAUUAAGCAGCAGGGUGGAGUAUCAGAAAAACUCAGAUUUUCAGUUCUUCAUAGUAGGCUUUUGCUAACUUACCAUUUAAAAAAUUUGUGUUUCUUAACAAGUGGUCAUAAAAUAAGCCGGGCAGUAGUGGUGUACACACCCUUAAGCCUAGCACUUGGGAAGCAGAAGCAAUCUGAUCUCUGAGCUCAAGGGCAGCCGGGGCUACACAGAAAAACCCUGUCUCAAUCUUCACCUCACCAAAAGAGGAAAACUCAGUAUUCAAAUUACAGUUAUUUUAUGAAAUGAGGAAAUGUAGUUUAAAUUGAAAUAAUGAAUGACCAUCUCCUUAUGCUUCAUGAAAUAUAUUCCCCCACCUCCAUUUCUCUCUGUUCUUGGUAAUCUUCUCAAAUAGAAAGAGGCAAAAUUUCAUUCUGUGAAGGAGAAAGGUCAUCUGUAUUACACCAUCAAGGCCCAGUCACACUUUGUUAACUGAGCUUAAAGCAAGAAAACUUCAGAUGUGGAGUAGUGGGAACUGGGAGGGUCACUGAUGGCUUUACAAUUUGUAGAAUGAUCUUAUUUGGACAUGGCUGUCAGUGUUCCAGAGGUGAGCAUCACAGAAGUCAACCAGAGACGUCUGUUUGUUUCCUGCUUUGGCGAUAGUCAACACAAGACUGAGAAACAAAUUCAGUACUUAUUCUUCCAAACCCAGUUUUUACUGGCAGCUUUCUCAUUAAACUAAAUGAUUAGGAAGAUUGUUCAUUUUAUAUAGUCCUGACUGGAGUAAUACUGGUGUCUGUGUGGUCCUAUUUGUGUACAAGAUUGGGUAGCUGUAAAACAAAAAUUGGAUCUUGGUUCUAUACAUCGAAUAAAUAGCACAGGUUUGUUCUGAGUGGCUUCAAACUUUGGGGCCUCACACCUUGAGAUGUGAAUCUGAGGGAUUGCACCUAGGAAAAUGCAUAUGAUGUAUAAAACUGUUCAAGAAUAUCUAUCUGGCCUGAUAAAGACCUUCAUUAUAGCGUAGGGCUCCACAGAAAACCUUCCUCUCCAGCAAAGCUGCAGCUAUUAUUCCAAGAGCAUUAAAAAUCUAUAAGAAGGAAUGUUUGUUUUAAUUAUAAAAACUGUAGGGAGGCAGGUGGGCCCCUGCCUGAAUCUGUUAUUAAAGUUGGUUGGUUUGGUUUCCCCCCCGCCCCCCCGAGGUCCUGUGUUGUGAAUACUAUUUGUAAAGGUGGAAGCCUGUGAUCAGGCUAGUUUUGGAGGUUGACAAUAAGGCUUGCACUCCUGAAAAAUCAGCAACAGAAAGUAAAAUAGAAAUGGACUGGUUAUGGCAUGCUGCUGACCCUCCGUAGUAUCUGUACAGUGCAUUCUACAUUAGGUGUCAGGUGUCACUCAGGUCUAAGAUACUAACUUAAUUGAAGAUCUAAGGAAUUAAGUACUUAUAAAGAGUGUUUAAAACAAGGUCUUACAUUCAGCAUAGAAGAUAACCUACAGAAGAUACAAUAAUCACAUUGAAAAAUAAUUGUUAAAUUUGUUGCCCAAAAUUUCAUGUUCAGUUCUGGCUUGAUUUAUGUUUGUGGGAGUAGAAACAGAAUUCAUUGAUUUACCUGGCUAGCCCUAACUAACUGUGUAGCAUAUGUACAGGAAGAUACUGUGGGUGACAAUGCUCAGCACUGAUUAGUGGGUUUUUUCUUUCUUUGUUUGUUUGGUUUCUUUCUUUCUUUUUUUUUUUGGUUGUUGGGAAUCAUUUCUCAGUAUUUUGUGUUUUGAGUGGGGAGCAGUGUACAUGUUAAAAGCAUGUUGCAUUAGACAUAAAUUCAGUUUUUAAAAAUCUUACUGAUGAAGAACUGCAGAAAUAUUUCUUCUAAACAUAAUAUGUAACAGAAUUCCCACUUAGCAGUUUAGUGACCUGCAGUUUAAAGAAAUUCCAUAAAUGUAUAUUUGUAUUAUGUACCGUUUUGGUCCAAAGAAAAUAUGUGCACUCAGUUCUAAUUUUAAGAAUGUACUUUUUGUUUUCUAGUUCUUUGAAAAAUUGCAUUCAGCCUGUGAAUGGUUACAGAUUGUAUGUGAGAUGAAAAGUAGAGAUCUCUGGUUUGCAAAAUUUGGUGCCAUGAAAAUAAAACAGGCAACUGCA